AUGAGUCGUGCGAUGCUUGCGACGAUGAUUUUUACAUUUCUGGUACUGUCAUGUUUGUCGGAACAAAUAGCAGCAACAUCAAACGGUCAUAUUCAGAGAUCGCCGACAAUUCUCAAUCUGAUCGAAAGGCUAUCAAUAUUAUUGCUUAUUAUUCAAAGUUCAGAGGACAUCGAACAAAUAAUCUACACUAUUCUCCGACUCUGUCUGUCGUCAAAAACACAUCCGACACUUAGCAGUGUAAUAUCAUCCUUAUCAGGCGACAAUGCGUAUCCGAUAGUUGCCGUACAAUUACCAAUGAUGAACGAAAAAGAAUUUUGUAUAUCGAUGAUCACAUGUGCUUGCAAUCUAGAGUGGCCAAAAGAUCGGUUAAUUAUUCAAGUACUCGAUGAUUCUACUGAUGAAAUAGUUAUGGCGAUGAUUGAUCGAUGCGCACAAGAAUGGCUUGAUCGAGGGUAUCGAAUUAGUGUCGUUCGGCGUAAAAAUCGACAUGGUUUCAAAGCAGGAAACUUAAAAAAUGGCCUAGAAAAACUUCCACGAUGUGAAUUUAUUGCAUUGUUCGAUGUUGACUUUUUGCCACAAGAAAACUUUUUGAUUAAAACAAUACCCAUUCUUUUAAAAGAUCCGAAAGUGGCCUAUGCGCAAGCACGAUGGACAUUUACAAAUGGAAAAGAAUCGCUACUGACACACAUGCAAGAAAUCGUUCUCAAUCAUCAUCAUAAGUGUGAACAAGACGUCAAGUAUCGUAUGUAUUCCUUCUUUCAAUUCAACGGAUCUGCUUGUGUUUGGCGGACCAACGCUAUUUAUCAAUGUGGAGGUUGGCAUACAGACACUUUGGUCGAAGAUUUGGAUAUUUCAAUUCGAGCUUUUACGAAUGGUUGGCGUUCUGCUUACAUAGUCGAUGUUGAAUGUCUUAAUGAACUUCCACCUACACUUUCGGCGUACCUCUCACAACAGUACCGAUGGUUUAGUGGACCUGCACAAGUUUUUCGCAAGUUAUUUCAAACGGUAUGUACAACAUCACACAUGGAUAUUUAUCGAAAGUUGCAUUGCUUAUGGAUGCUUCUUCGGCCAUGUCUUUACAUUACUCGUUUCAUUGUAUUUCUUCUGAAUAUUGCCAUCAACGCUUGUUGGAGGAAAACAACCCGUAUGAACGUUUUCAUCACAUUUCUUCCCAUACUUUUAUCCUCAAACGUUUUGCUCUACACACCCGGGCAAAUUCAUUUGACGCUAGUCUAUUCACUUUUUUGUAAUGCUAUGCUAUUUCAUCAUGCUAUUUCUGCCAUAGCUGGAUUUUUCAAUUUUGGUUCCGCUAGAAGAUGGAUCGUUACUCCAAAAUUUGGCACACAGCCGUGUUAUGUUCGCAAUACAACUAUUCACUAUCGCAACCACUAUACUCAUUCAACCGUAUCCAUGAAAAACGCGCUGUUUUCAUGGAGAAUAAUUGAGAAUAUCAUCAUGUGGCAAAGUUCAGUCUGCCUCGCAAUUCACCACAAAGUCAGCCACCUUCAAAUACACAAAGGAUUUUUGGCUAUGAUGCUGUAUAUCAUUGUAUUUUCAUGCGUGGCGUUGUUGAACGAGCAGUAUCUUAUCAGUAUGCAUUUGACGUCGAUUUCAACAACUUAUGUUAGCUGCUCUACCGACCAAGAACUUUAUUUUAAAACUGAAAUACGCUCAGACUUAACUAGUUAUGAACCAUUUCAAACGAAUUUAUUCAGCUGCGGUUACAACCAAAGCAAUCAUCGCCCUAUCUUCACGAAAUACAACGCUUAUGUAAAACAAUAUUCCAGUCAAGCAUUCAAUCCACUCAACACCAUCCAGUUCAGUUUAUUAGAUUACCGGGAGCAUAUUUCGUAG